CCGGUGGCGCCCCAUCACUAGCCCCCUCGUCCCUCCGCGCUGAGCUCUAGGCCUAGGGGUAGAAGGGGCGGAGCGAGAGUUCUGGAGCGGGUUCCCUUCUUGACACUUUCGCCGCGGAGGGAUGGCGCUGGGAGUCGCGUCGUUUAGCGGGAUGCUGCUCGGCUUAGGGCCAACCCUGCUGCUUCUCCAGGUCCUGUUCGUGUGGCUGCCGGGCCCGGCUGGUACUACCCAGGUCUCCAAGUGGCGACUGCCAGUGCCCAUGGGGAAGGGAUUUUUUAACUUUGGAAAGAUUCUCUUCAGCGACACUACCAUUUUCCUAAAAUUUGAAGGCAAUGAAAGUGCAUGUGAUCCAUCACAAAGUUACAAUGUCACCUGGUACUUGAGAUAUUCUGAUUGCUACAAUGAAGUCUUCAACUUUGGGGAUGAACAGGCAAACCAUUAUUUUAAUAACACUGUGGAAGAACACCCAGGUUGGUCGGGAUACUACGCUAUGUCUUCUCACUACUUCCCCAACUGUUCUGAUAUCUUCAGGCCACAGGUUUUCUACAAAGAAUUUGUUCAUCCAGAACCCCUCUCAGGAGGAAAACAAGAGGAUGGAACAAACCGUACUAUUGUAGCAGAGAAUUCUGCAAUGAAUGCUGUGAUGAGAACCUGGCAAGACGGGCCUUAUAUCUUUAUUGUGCACAUUGCAAUUUCAUCCUCGAAGGAUGCCAGUGUGAAAGUGAAAAGAACAACAAGCGAUGGAUUGCCAAAAGUUACAGCUUCCUCUGAACCACAAGGAACACAUUUUAAUAUGAUUGUGGAGGUGAAAGGUCCAUACGAAUACCUCUCUCUAGCAGAUUAUCCUCUCAUGAUCUUUUUCAUGGUGAUGUGUAUUGUGUAUGUGUUGUUUGGAGUUCUGUGGCUUGCAUGGUCAGCCUGCUACUGGCGGGACCUCCUGAGGAUCCAGUUCUGGAUUGGUGCAGUUAUCUUCCUGGGAAUGUUAGAGAAAGCAGUUUUCUAUGCAGAAUUCCAGAAUAUCCGCUACAAAGGAGAAUCUGUCCAAGGGGCGCUGAUAUUAGCUGAGCUGCUGUCAGCAUUGAAACGUUCACUCGCUCGAACUCUUGUUAUUAUAGUAAGCCUGGGAUAUGGCAUAGUAAAACCUCGCCUUGGAGUUACUCUUCACAAAGUAGUUGUGGCUGGAGCCCUCUAUUUAUUAUUUUCUGGCAUGGAGGGUGUCCUUAGAGUCACAGGGUCAUUCCAUGGUGUUACAGCUGUGGUAGCUAACUUCGGGCUGUCUGUCAUUGACUCCUGUAUUAUUUAUUGGAUAUUCAUCAGUUUGACUCAAACAAUGAAGUUGUUAAAACUUAGGAGGAAUGUUGUGAAGCUCUCUCUCUACCGACACUUCACCAACACUCUAAUUUUGGCAAUAGCAGCAUCUGUUGUUUUUAUCAUCUGGACCACUAUGAAAUUCAGACUGGUAGACUGUCAGUCGGAUUGGCAGGAGCUGUGGGUGGAUGAUGCCAUCUGGCGGCUUUUGUUUUCAAUGAUCCUUUUUGUCAUCAUGGUUCUUUGGAGGCCAUCUGCCAACAACCAGAGGUUCGCUUUUUCACCAUUGUCUGAGGAAGAGGAGGCGGAUGAACAGAAGGAGCCAAUGCUGAAAGAAAGCUUUGAGGGAAUGAAAAUGAGAAGUUCAAAACAAGAAUCAAAUGGAAACCCUAAAGCCAACAAAGCACAGGAAGAUGAUUUGAAAUGGGUAGAAGAGAAUGUUCCUCCUUCAGUGACUGACGUUGCUCUUCCAGCACUUCUGGAUUCCGAUGAGGAAAGAAUGAUCACACAUUUUGAAAGAUCUAAAAUGGAAUGAAAAAAGAAACAUUUUGCGUGAUGAAGCUUCUUGUUGUUGGAGAAAGGAAGAAACAUUUGUCUCCCUUGGAACGUUCCUGUGCUGCAUUCUUCUGAUAUGUUCUGUGAUCUUCACGUUUGGAAUUGAACACUGUUCUCAGAGGGAGAAUAUUUUACUUGGAUCACUGUGGUGGGAAUCACAUUUAUGUUGAUAAACCUAGAAAAACAUUUGAAUUUGCAUUGUUGCUGCAAGUGUGGGUUUUAAGCCCUUUAAACCUCUUUAUUGCAGCAUAUUUUUAUUUUUUAAAUAUUUAAGUCAAGCUAAAUCUAAAACUGUUUUAACAAAUGCCUGAGGAUCUAUUAAUUCAUAUGUUACAGCUAAAUCCCAUGUGUUUUAACUACAGUGGGGAGGGAAAAAGAGUUAGGAAUGGUUUCCUCAAACCAGCAAGGGUGAUGCAUGAACAAAGGCAAGUUCCAGCUUGCAGACAGUUUCCAGCAACCUGUGAACUCAAUAAGGAGCUACACAUAAGAAAUUCCUGUAUUCAGUAUCUGCGGCUGUGCAUGGAGGAUUGAAUCACACCAGUCUAGUAGAGGACUGGUAUUGUGAGAGCUGCCAGAAUCCACCGUCUGUUAAGAGAGCCUUGCACACAGUAGUAUGCUGCUGUAUGCAAGAAUCUCUGGAUUAGGGUCAGUGCCUUUCAUUUUUCUUGGAUAUAGCAGCUUUUGACUGAAGAUUCUGGUAUCUAGCUUGGGAAAAGGAGAGGGUUUUAGAAUAAAAUCUGCUUAUGGGAAACUUAACAUAUCACAAGGGAUGUAUUUGGAGAAACUUAUGGUUCCUCAUAUUUUUAGCAAAAACAAGUGCAAUUUUAUUCACUCCGCUGUGUAGGAAAGAUUGUCUGUUUUAAGUUUCACAUACUUAGAAGCAAUGAUUGCUUAAUUCUUAGCGUUUGUUGCAUAUCUCAUUGCUGGCAAUGGGAUGUGAGCAUGAGCAGUUAACUAUUUAAAUCGGAGCAAUGUGUAAUUUAAUUAAAAACACCUCAACAACUCUUCAUUGACUCUGACCAGUCCCCAUACCUAUAUUGGAACCUACUCCAUAGACUCACAAACCCACUCUUGUUAGACUCAACCUCUCCAUAAAGACUCUCUUAAUCAGGCCUGGUCAGGUUGUAACUCACCAAGCUGAAUGGAGCCCACUAGCCAUAUAUGUGGGUUGUCAAGCAAUUGGAAAAAGCUUGAUAAGCCUCCUGUUUUUGCAGUUCAAGGUAGGCAGCAAAACCAGCAGGGCUGUGUUUGGUGAAAAGUUGUGCAAGCCUGCUCUGAAUGAUUAUAUAUGUCAGACUAACCUAUCCUAGAUGUCCACAUAUUCUACACAAACAAUUGUGAUCCUAAAUAGCAACUGUGUUCUCCUUGCAGUUUUCAGAUAGAGAUCUGAACAGGCCUGGUGUCUAUACUUGGCAUCCCUGGGCAGCUGCGAGAUCCCCAGUGCCCUGGCAGGGUCCACUAGCUUCAACAUCUAUCCUAGGUUUAUUGAGCCUCCUUGUUCAACUUCCUACAGUGCACAUAAUGUAGCAUUGCUCUGUGACACUGUGGGAAAUUUAAAAUGGUGGCUUAUGACCACCAGUUGUUGCAACCAGGUAAAUCCAUGACCAGGGCCUACCUGAGAGCACUUUGCCAAUGGUCCCUCUAAACCUGGAUCUGGCCCUGAAUACUGAUUCAUACACCAUGCCCAACACUUUGUCACCCAGAAGAUUCCCAAUAUGGCCAGAAGCAUCCUGUCAUACUUCCAGUGGCUCCAAAUAUUCUGCUGUAUAUUCCUUAUCUAGUCCUCCUUUCACAGUUAGUUCUUCCUUGUCUCACCUCUCUUCCCACCAUGAUCUCUAAUGAGGAGCCACCUCUGUAUUUGAACAUUUAAGUAUCUCACAGGAUUUUGUAAAAAGGAUUCUUAGAAAAUUAAGCCUGUUACUGGGAAGACAGUAAAGUCUUGCAAAGGGAGUAAAUUCAGUUUAUGAUCAUAACAAAUAUUCUCCUGCAAUAAUUUAUGCAAAUAUGCUGUGCUGGGAUAUUUCUAAUCAAGGUGUCUUCUGGGAGGGAAUGAUUUUUUUUAAAAAAAAGAUUGAAAAUGUAGUUUUCAAAUUUUAGUGCCAAAAUUUGGGCUUUAUUGCUGGUAUUUGACCCUUACAGCAUUCUAGCAGAAUUUGGAACUGGGAUUUAACAUUAAAUUUGCCAGUGUUUGGAUUCUGCUUUCCAAAUUUGUUUUAGCUGUACCUACAUAUAAGUAGUUCAGUAAUGGGUUUUUCCUGUAAUUUAUAGGCACUUUUUUAUUUGAUUCAGUCUGAAUUGCAGAUUUCUGUUUUGUAAAAUAAAAUUCUUUUUUCCCCUUAAAGCCAGUCUUUAAGUGUAGCUUUCUGACCUUAAGUCUGACUUCUCAUACUUUGAUGCUAA